AUGGCUUUACCGCUACUUUUCGCCUUUCUUUUCAGUGAAGCUUCCGCUCGAACCGUUCCUGACCAGGCGCUGGUGGUCAAUUGGAACAGCUUCAAUGCCUUAGAGACUGUACAACCUCCGUCUGUUACCAAUGUUUUUCUCCCUCCAGGCUUUACGGAAGAACAAGCCCUUGCAAAACCAUUUCAUAUUUACGACGAUGACUUCUAUGAUGUUAUUGGUCCUAACCCCACCCUCACCGUUGUUGCCAGUACUGGCGUCGAUCCUAUCUUUCAUGAGGCUGCCGUUUGGUAUCCGCCAGCCAAUGAAGUCUUCUUCGUGCAAAAUGCCGGCGCUAAAGCCGCGGGAACAGGCCUGAAUAAAUCGAACAUAAUUCAGAAGAUUUCCCUAAAUCAAGUUGCAGCACUCUCAGCUGAGCGCAACGCGAGCGGACUUGUGGAUGUGAUAACUGUUAAUGCUAACCCACCGAUAGUCAAUUCAAACGGAGCAACGAACUACAGAGGCGAAAUCGUCUUCACCAGUGAAGGUCAAGGCAACAGCACCGCUCCUGGUCUAUGGGUAAUGAAUCCACAAGAGCCUUAUAAUACCACGGUACUUGUUAACAACUACUUUGGCCGGCAAUUCAACUCUCCUAAUGACGUAGCCGUUAAUCCACGUAACGGCGAUGUUUACUUUACAGACUCUCUCUACGCGUAUCUUCAGGACUUCCGUCCUCCGCCUGGCUUGCCAACUCAGGUAUAUCGAUUCAAUCCCAGUACAGGUGCAGUGACUGCGGUGGCGGACGGUUUUGAGCUACCAAAUGGCAUCACAUUCUCCCCGGAUGGUUCUUACGCUUAUGUCACCGACACAGGUGCUCAAUUGGCUUUCUACGGCUAUAAUCUCUCCGCCCCUGCUUCUAUCUAUCGCUACACAGUCGAAGUGGAUGGCACCUGGUCAAAUCGCAAAUUAUUCUCGUACACCUCCCCCGGUAUCCCCGACGGUGUCCACUGUGAUACUAAGGGCAAUGUCUACUCUGCCGUCGGCGACGGCGUGCAGGUCUGGAACCCUUCCGGCACCCUGCUUGGUAAGAUAUUCCUCGGAAGCGUUGCCGCGAACUUCAGGUUUGCGGGCAAGGGAAGGAUGGUGAUUCUUGCGCAGACGCAAUUAUACUAUGCGACCUUGGCGGCCGAAGGGGCGGAUCCGGUGAAUGAAUUUUGA